AUGAAGACGAAUAAGUCGAUGCCAAUUUGCCGCCAUUGUUUUGACUUCGACACUUCCUCCUUCAUAUCGGCUUUUCUUUUUGCUUUUUAUUUUCCUUUGCUUCAUGUAAAUACUUCGUCCGUUACCAUUCAACAGACGACUUCUUUCUUCUUUUCUUUCCAAUCAUUACUCUAUUCUGGUUUCAUUUCUUUUUUGUUUAUCUUUCUUCUCGUCCUCUCCUCUGCCCGUUCCCAGCUUCUCAAUCAUCCGUUCCUCUCUCUUUUUUUUUCACGUAUAUUCUUUGCCCUUGUCCUUAAUCUUUCUUCCGAAUUUUGUGCAAUCAACUCGGACUUUUUCAUUCACAUUUCUUCGUGCCCUUUCUCUAUUGCGUUCUUUCUUUCUUUUCUUUCCCACCUUCUGUUCACAUUACUUCUUUUUGUUUCACUCCUUCAUCUAGUUCUUUCUUUCUUUCUUUCUUUCUUUCUUUCUUUAUGUAUUCAUUUAUUUAUUUCUCUAGACGUUUUCUUUCUUUUUUACGCACAAUUUUUUUUUUUUCAUCUUUUUAAUGUAUGUUUCCGUUUUCCUUUUACUCACAAUUUCUUUCUUUCUUUUUUUCUUUCUUUCUUUCUUUCUAACGAAUGA